AGCAGCAACAAUGAAGGCUUUCUAUCAGCUCUGCAUUCUCAUCGGCUUGGUGAUCAAGACUCACUCAGGUCCAGUACCACCCUCUAUUGGUGAAGAGGAGGAGGACCUGGCAAAGAAUUACUUGAAGAAGUUGUACAACAUGAAAGACAGCACAAAGUCCUUUGGGCGCAUGGUCAGCGAGAUGAGUGAGAAGCUGAGGGAGAUGCAAGAGUUUUUUGGGCUGGAAGUGACCGGAACUCUGGACGCUGAGACGCUGGAGGUGAUGAAGAAGCCUCGCUGUGGGGUUCCAGACGUGGCUGCGUAUGCUGUUGUUCCUGGAAACCUCAAAUGGAAAACAAACCAGCUGACCUACAGAAUUGAGAACUACACUCCUGACAUGUCUCAGGAUGAAGUGGACAGCUCUAUUAAGAGAGCUUUUAAAGUCUGGGCUGACGUCACUCCCCUCAGGUUCACCCGCAUUUACAGUGGUGUAGCUGACAUCAUGAUCUCCUUCGUGGUCAGAGAUCAUGGGGAUGGCUACCCAUUUGAUGGACCACAUGGUUUCUUGGCUCAUGCCUUUUUUCCUGGUCCUGGCAUUGGUGGAGACGCCCAUUUUGAUGAUGAUGAGUCUUUUACCUUCUCAUCUUCUAAUGGAUACAACCUGUUCCUGGUGGCUGCCCAUGAGUUCGGACAUGCCUUGGGCCUUGAACAUUCCAGGGAUCCCGGUGCUCUGAUGUAUCCUUCGUACAGCUUCAGGGAUGUCAAGACCUUUGUUCUGCCCCAAGAUGAUGUCAAUGGAAUUCAGGCAAUCUAUGGGCGAAACACUGAAGUACCUGUUGACCCUGAAGAGCCUAAACCCACAGCUCCAGUCACCCCUAACGCCUGUGACCCGAAGCUGGUCCUGGAUGCAGUUACGAUGCUGCGGGGAGAGAUGAUCUUCUUCAAGAACAGCCUCUUCUGGCGUAAUCAGCCACUCAGUUACCAGUCUGAGCAACAUCUGAUCAAGAGCUUCUGGCCUGAGGCUCCAGAGAAUAUUGACGCCGCUUAUGAGAGUCCGUCAGAUGACUUGGUGUACUUCAUUAAGGGUCAGAAGGUCUGGGCUUUCUAUGGUUACAACAUUGCAAAGGGGUAUCCCAAGACCCUCAGCAGCAUAGGCCUGCCCCCUAAAGUGAAGAAGAUCAGCGCCGCCCUUUAUGACGAGGAGACUGGAAAGACUCUGUUCUUCGUUAAUGACCAUUACUACAGCUAUGAUGGCACCACGAAGAAGAUGGACGAAGGUUACCCUAAACGUGUGGAAGACGACUUCCCAGGAAUGACCGGAAAAGUUACUGCAGCUUUCCAGUACAGGGGUUUCACCUACCUCUACAGCGGACCACGCAUGUUUGAGUUCGGCUAUGGACGACUCCUACGUGUGCUCAGUAACAACUACUUCUUGCCAUGUUAAUCAUUGAGGUCUAUAUGCCACGCAGGCAGUGGUGCAGCAGAGCCAUGGCAACAUCUAAAUUAUAGAGUAAAUUAUUCAGUUAUAUAUUUUAUUUAACUGAUUUAAAUUAUUUUUCAUUUCUCUGACAAGUUUGUUGUCUUACGUGUUCUGUUGUCUCUUUUAUUAUCAUUUUUCUUGUGUUUUGAAUGCGUGCAACUCUUUGAGACAGAUGUUUAAUAUUUUAAUAAAAAGUUCAUGGACCAUUUAAAAGAA